AUGUCUACAAAUAUAACAUGGCAUGCGGGUAAAUUUUCCCGCGAGGAGCGCGAAAAAUUAUUAGGUCACAAAGGUUUAACAAUUUGGUUUACUGGAUUAUCUGCUUCGGGAAAAUCCACUUUAGCAAGUGCCUUGGAACAACAUUUAAUAAGUAAAGGCGUGCCGAGUUAUAGACUCGACGGUGAUAAUAUUAGGUUUGGUCUGAACAAAGAUUUAGGUUUUGGCCCGAAGGAUCGUGAAGAAAACAUCCGAAGAAUCGCCGAGGUUGCAAAACUUUUCGCUGAUUCCACAACAAUCGCACUUACAUCUUUUAUCUCACCUUAUCGAUCUGACCGUGAUGCCGCAAGAAAAUUACAUGAGGAUAGCAGCAUUCCCUUUAUUGAGGUAUUUGUUGAUGCGCCCCUCGAAGUUGUUGAACAGCGUGACCCAAAAGGGCUAUAUAAAAAAGCAAAAGCUGGUGAAAUAAAAGAAUUCACUGGUAUAUCUGCUCCUUAUGAGUCACCCUUAUCUCCGGAAAUUCAUAUACACACUGACCAAACUACAAUAGAAGAGGGAGUUGAG